AUGGACAACUCGUCAACCAGAUUAACGCCUGCAUCCUCCUGUACGAUGCUGACCUCUAUCUUCAACGGCCUUUCGACUCUUACGCCUCUUUCACAUUCUUCGUCUUCACAUAAGACUCAAGCUGAGCCUCCGAGACUUUCUCUUACAUCCGAGCCUGUUCACAGCCUCCUCUACAACCUUUCUCCGGCCGACGCCGAACACGCUCGCUCUCUAUUCCUUACUCUACAUGUUUUGUUCCCACAUGAACUACUCCCGGCGUUGGACCUGCUGGAUAGACGCCUAGUAACACGCCUUACUACCCAAAAUCUACCGCCGAGGUCUCCGGGUCGGAGAGGAGCCGCGAGGGACGAGGACGCCGACGUGGACACUGCCGAAAAAUGCGAGAUGCUGAACAAGGAACUUAAGGUUGAGUCCCGUUCAGACAUGUGCGAGGUGUACUACAUCCACAGUCAUCCCAGCAAAGUGACAACGUUGGCGAGGUACCAUGCCCGUAAUGCAAAUCCUGGCGCGACGUUCUACGAAGUUCAUCUCGAUAGCUGGAAUUGCAGCUGCCCCGCUUUCAGCGUCUCUGCUUUCCAGGCGCUGAAUAUGCAUUAUAAUGACGAAGGUGAGAUCGCAAGCAAGGCCUCCCAGGUUGAUCAUAUGCACGAGCCUACGACUUUAGAGAAAGAAUCAUGGUCAUUCGGGGGCGUAGCGACUAAUGUACACUCCUCGACGCCGUCUUGCAAACACAUCCUUGCCGCAGUAUUGGUAAAAGCGGCACCCAAGCUCUUCAACCACGGUGUUAGAGAAACUGUGGUCAGUAGAGACGAGCUAGCAGGUUGGGGGGGUGGUUGGGGAGCGCUUGGAACUGGAUAA